AUGUUCUUGUGGAAUUCUUCUGGCCUGCGUCGCAUGAGCUCCUGGCUCCGCGGUAAUCGCCUGAAUUAUCUUCCUAUCCGAUGGAUCGCCCUGCUUGUUGCUGCCCUGGGAGGCGCAAUUGUCUUCUAUAUAUUUGCCGUCCCACAACUUCUUAGAUUGCGCUUCCGCGCCGGGUUGAGUUGGUAUGACCUAGGUGCUCAAGGGCUAGGUCCGACCAAGGACUAUGUUUCUUUCGACCAGGAAUCGCCAAUUGUUGAAAUUUCCCCACCUGGUGCGCAAUGCGAUCCGAGAUAUACCUUCCUUGCGCCUCGUGGCGAUUCAGUCGCCCAUCCGGGUCCUAUGAUUCUGGAUUCUGCUGGUGAACUUGUGUGGACAAAAUGGAAUGGGGGUACGACACAGGACUUCAAAGUACAGCGGUACAAGGGCGAGGAUUUCCUUACCUACUGGCAAGGUGAUACAGAUGACAACUAUGGCCGGGGAUUGUGGUACAUGCUUGAUUCUACCUAUAACCAAAGACAUGUCGUAUCACCCGUCGGCAUGUAUGACGGCGAUCUACACGAGUUCCACAUCACCGCCAACGACACCGCACUUCUGAUGAUUUACGACCCUAUAGUGGUGGACCUGAGAUCUGUUGGUGGCCCCGAGCUGGGAUGGAUAUACGACGGAGUGUUCCAGGAAGUCGACCUUGAAACAGGUGAACUUCUGUUCCAGUGGCGCGCAUCCGACUAUUACUCCCCAAGCGAUAGUUACGACCCAAUUGGAGACACCGGUACUGGACGCACCUCAGGAUACGACUACUGCCAUAUCAACAGCGUGGACAAGGACGACCAGGGCCGGUACCUGGUAUCGAUGCGACACCUCCAUACCAUCGCCUGCAUAGACGGAACCACCGGCGAAGUUUCCUGGUCCUUGGGAGGAAAGAAGAACGACUUCACCGAUGCUUCCGACGGAGCCGCCACCGAUUUCGCUUGGCAGCACGAUGCCCGCUGGCGAGGCCCUAACCGUCUCAGUCUUUUCGAUAAUGCCGCCUAUACCAAUGACGACCCCUCCGCAGUAAGCCGCGGAAUGAUCAUCGACCUGGAUAUGAACGCGCAGCAGGCGACACUCGUACAAUCCUACGAUCACCCGCAGGACAUGAUGGCCGUUUCUCAGGGAAACCUGCAACUGCUCGAUACCGGCAACGUCCUCGUGGGCUGGGGUCACUCGGCUGCAUACACCGAGUUCUCACCUGAGGGUGAGGUAGUAUGCAAUGUGCACUUCGGCGCCUCGGCUUUCUUCACCUUCGGCCGGGUCGUCUCCUACCGCGUGUUCAAAUUCGACUGGAUCGGUCAUCCUACAUCAACGCCUGACGCUACGCUCACCCCCGACAGUGUCUUCGUUAGCUGGAAUGGUGCGACGGAGGUAGCUGCGUGGCGUGUGGAGGCAUGGGAUGGCGUAAGCUUAUCCAAUAUGACAUUCAGCGCCGUCGACGAAGUUUCUCGGUCUGGGUUUGAGACUGAGAUUCCACUUGUUCCUGAGGUGGUUUCUUUCUUCCGCUUGCGAGCUAUCCAUGCAAAUGGUGAUAGCCUUGGUGUGACGGGAUUGCUUCAAAGGUUGCCUGCUUCGGCAGCUGGAAGUUCUUCGAGGUCUUCUGGUUAUUCGUGGGCCACGUGGACUAUUGUGAUUGUGGCUUUUGGAUGUCUUGUUUGUGGUGUUUAUUUCGCUGUCCAUCGUCGUCUUCGCGGUAUAUCUCGCUCUAUUGGUCCUUAUCAGUUGGUUGCAUAUAAGGAGGAUGAAGAUGAACAUAAUCGUCUGCCAUUAUAG